GGGAGAUUGUGUCAGAGACUAUCACUAGUCAGAAAUUAUUAUUGAUUGGGCAAACUUUUACAUAUAUUUUAUAAACAUAUUUUCGUUUACGUUUGUGAGUGAUUUAGUUUGUGAUUCUCCCGCAGGUUUAUCCAACUCUACUGCAUUUUGGUGUUUUUCAUUGUUCCAUAUGGGUGCUUAAACUAGAAGCACAGUUUCUAGAAGGGAGAAGUAAAAGGCCGGCCGACUCGAGAAUUGGCGAACCUACGCUUUACGAGGAUGAGCAAUCCUGUUAGUUUACGAUUCUUCCGUCUGGCUACAUCAAAAAAUCGCUGUCGGGGUACUCCCGCGGAGAUCUGUGACGUCACCGUCCAGACGGGAAGUGCUCUGGGAGUAAUGUGCAAAGCCGAGCAGAUCGAGCGGAUCUAGCAGAUACAAAUGAAAACCUUUUAUUUGCAGUUUGACUAGUUUGACAUUAUGGAAAAAAUAAAUACUUCACUUCCACCAUAAUUUUUGUUUUGAAGCUCAAAGUUAUUUUUAGAUUGUUAUAUUUGUUCUUUGCAUACAUCCGGGUUUAAUUAGUUUUAAUUAUAUAAACACGUAUUGUAUUUCAAUUAUUUCCUCUUGCUGUUAAGUUUGCUGUUUUUAUUUUUGUCUUACAUGCCAUGACAGAAGAAUUAUUGUUAUAUCAAAUUAUCGAUAAUGCUAAAAUCAUCGGUUCAAAGUAAGAUUCUAAAAACAUUACCAGACGAUAGACCUAUAACUGCAAUUCAGAUUGUAGAAAAUUUGGAUAAGUGCCCCAGAGGCUUCUAUCCCAUUUGUAAAACCUACGAUCAAGAUUCAGACGCCGAUUUAGGAGAAAAAUCUAUUUUUAAGGGUAGUACUGAGAGAUUCUUGUGCCUUUCAAAGACAGAAGGUAUCCCAAAUUUUGUUGUGCAAGAAGUGAUUGUCUUAAACGAAAAAACUGUACCUCCAAAAGGUUUCAGUUUGCUGAACAGGACUGCCGAUAGCCAGCAAAAAGCUUGGAAAAAGAAGCAGCUUUGCUAUAGACUGGUUAAUCAAAAAGAACUGAAAACUGCCAUCACUGAUAUUAUAGUUUGUAGUCGCUUGAAGAAAGCACCAACUGGAUUUUCAUUUGCAGGGGAAAUCAACGGAGUAACUGUUUGCUACAAGAUGGGCAACUCAGAAUCCAAUCCGAAUAGUCCACCGGACCGACCACCAAAAUCUUCUUCUCUUAACAGUAACAAUGUUUAUCCAGCAUUAGGUAACGAUGAUGACUAUGAAAUUCUAAGAACCCCGGGUCCAGGUGGUUAUGGGCCUAUUAGGCCUGCACCUAAACCUCCAGCACCAAUAAGUCCUGCUCAUCCAGCAUUGCAGCACCAAAUGUCCACUCACACACUGGGCAAUAGUUCCUAUUCUGGAUUGGAAGGCGUGCCAUUUACUGUUAAUCCUAAGUUUUUGGUUAGUGGAUCUAACAACAAUCCAUUCCAGGUACCAAAAAUCAAGAUCAAAACAAUGCAGCAGAUAUUGACUGAAUAUGACUACCCUUUUACAAUUGAGAGACAACUCCAGUAGGAGAGAGCACAAGAUAAAAUCAGCCAAGGAACAAUAAGUUUGUGUUACAUUUUAGGCGUUGUGUUGUUUUCGUAUUUUUUUUUUCGUGAUUAUGUUUUUCGUCCUUCAAUUUCUCACUUUUUUUUUGCUCAAAUUUUUCAAAUCUUAAUGGGUAUGCCAUUCUAUCGUUUGCCAGUUAUAAAUAACCGUGUGCCAAUAAUUUAGCCUGUUCGAUUUCUUGAAGAACUUUUGAAGUAAAUUAGAUUAGACAUAUAUAUUAUUUAAUGGUAAAUAAAAUGGUAAAUUCAAGAAAAAAAAUGACUAGUUUCAAUUAUGAAUAUUUUCAAACCAUUUCAAUUUAAACUUGUAAAUUCAACCAGUUGGAGCUCAAAGCUUCAUUAAGUGCUAGUUUGGUACUGAGAUAUUUGGUGCUUAGGAGUUUUAAAGUAAAUGGAAAUACUAUCAUUAGUGUAAACAAGAGACUGUCCUAAUAAAAGUGAUUUUCUUCUUAAUAUUUAAUUAAGAUCAUGUUUUUUUUUCAGCUUUUUUUUUUUUGUGAACAUAUCUUACUAUUUAUAUUCGGACAUUGGUUUUAUCCUCUAUAAUGUAGCCAGUUUUCAUAUUAUAUCUAUCUACGUAAUGUGUUUUUUAAGAUUAUUUUUUUAGUUAUAUGUAUUGCACCAUAAAUAAAAUUAUACUCCUUUUUUGUAGUUGUAGGUACCACCAUGUUUAGGCCAAAUUUUAAAUGAUUUUAUGAAAAUUGUUGACGUUUUACCACAUUAGCCUUAGAUUAAAAUAAAUAAAUACAAUAUAGUUUAAUAAUUUUUUUUAUUCAUCUUUGUCCCCCUUUAGGCAAGAAAUAAGAUUAUAAUAACACAAUAGAUGCUUUGAUUUGGUGAUACAACUAUAAUUGUUAUUGUUGCAACAUUUCUAUUGAUUAUUUCAUAGAAAAAAAUUUGCAUACAAAAGUUGUCCAGUUAUAAAAUAUGUAACAAAAUUUUGCAAUUGGGUCCUACUACUUGUGAAUUAAUACCGA